AUGCCUCCUUGCAUUUAUGACGUACACACCCACACGUUUCUAUGCCAAUGUGCUGAAAAGGUAAUGCCACGGGUGUACUUUAAACUGGCAUCAGAGUUGGGAUAUAAAGGGAUAGCGUACUGCUGCCACAACCCUUUCCCUGGAGACCUAGUAACUCCCCAGCACAGAAUGGCUUAUGAAGAGUUUGAGUUGUUCAUGACAAUGUAUCGACGAGAAUGUGCAUUUGCUCGGAUUCACCUUCCAGAGUUGGACAUUCUUCUUACGAUGGAAGUUGACUACCUUCCCGAUGCUCCACAUCUCACUGAAGAUUUUAUUGUGAGCCACCUUGGAGACUUCGACUGUGUCCUGGGGUCUCUGCACUAUUACCAGGAAAUUGAGAACGCGUGCUCAGACAAGGAAAAACAGAUUAAAGUGUACUUUGAAACCUGGGUACAGGCGCUCAGAACAGGAUGGUUUCAAGUCAUGGCGCACAUGGAUUUUAUUAAGGUUGUUGUAGGCAUGGAGUGGGUUCGCAGAAACAGGGAGGUGGUCCACAAGCAUGCAGAAAGCGCCAUCACUGAGAUGGCGAAGUACAAUCUGGCGCGAGAGAAGAAAGGCCUCGAUCCGGUUGUGUUAGAGCUCAACACUAGUGGAUCUCAGUAUGGAGACGACUUUUUUCCAGCUGAGUCCCUUGUGGCUUAUGCUGCCAAGAUGAAUAUCCCUUUUUGCUUAUCCAGUGACUGCCAUCAGGCGUCAGAAUUGGGUCGCAACUUCAAGGAAGCCCUUUGCUGCCUGAAGAAACAUGGUGUCACAGAACUUUGUUACUUUAAAGAGCGACGGCUUCAGAGAUAUCUGCUCGAGGAUGCCAUUGCCACGUUCAAACCGUCCUGUGUGCCUGAGUUGGUCUCGAGAAUCAAAGCCCUGAAAGGAUAUGAUGUCUCUGUCAGCGAAGAGCUAGAGGAGAUGAAGUGGAGCAGUCUGCUUGCACGCAGGUCUAAUGAGAAGAGUAAAAGUUAG